CAUUCAAUAUACAAGUACACGCACGGCAUACAAAAGGUCAGACAAAUUCGAAGUAACAAGUUAAGAAAAAUGGAAUUCGGCGACAGCGUUUUUGACCGUUUGGAUGAGUGGAGUAAAAGUGAAGUGAAGCCCGGCGAAAUGGGCCGCAUCCUGGCCAUUCUUCUGACCCUGAUAGUAAUUAGCUUCUUCAUUGUCGUUGUGGCUCGCAUCGUGGUAUCUCUGGCCAUACCAGCCUUGGUUAUUGUGGCCCUUUUGCUGGCAUACCGCUUCGUCACUCUCUCGGAAAUGGAAGAUGGUCUCAGGGAUCUGCCCGAUAGUCUAAAAUCGUGUAUGAACUUUAUAUCUAGCAUUUUUUGCAAGUAGAAGACAAACUAAAACCCUUGGCACACGAGGUGUUUGUAAAUGAUUUAUAUAUUCGAUAUAUGUUGGAUAGCAACCAGAAGAUUCAUAUGGAGUGGAUUUAAUAAAAAAGUAGUAUACAAAGUGUAUGCAGGACAGAA